AGCUGAGGGCUCUGUGAGUCCCUUUUUUCUUGUUGUGUUUCUGUUACUCAUCGCCAUCUUGUUGCAACCCUUUUCUUGUCUGGAGGAUCCGUGGGGGGGAACCUGGGUUGGAUUUUUUUUCCAUUGCAUUUCAUUUAUUCAGUCAUAUUUCCCCCGACACAGGGAGGGUGAGGAGAUCCGCGCAGCCAUCCUCCGCUUCUGGAUCUUUUUAUUUUGACGGACUGGGGGGAGAUACAAUUAAAGCGGAAGAUUUUAGGGGAUCACUGUGGAAGCUGCUGAGAAAUGAGCCUGGAGACACUGUUGCAAGCAGCCCUGUUCCUGGAAUGGCAAUCCCAGCAGCAACAGCAGAGAACACGUGAGGAAAAUGAUAAGAUUUUGGUGGAACAAGAGGAAGAAGAGGAGGAGGAAGAAGAUGAAGAGGAAGACAAUAAAAGUGUAUCAAGAAAUGAAGAGCAUAUAAACCAGCUCCCGCCUGAUCCUGUAUCCCCCCCAGCACCUGCACCACCACCUCCACCACCACUUCCCCCAUCUGCCCCUGUAACUGUCAUCCCCCUACCUGUAGUAACCAGCACUCCUCAGCCAGUAGUCCAAACAUCAGUGUCACCUCCUGUUGUACAGCGUCAUGCGCCUGUUGUUAGCCCUCCUGUCCUCAACAAGGAAGUGUCCCUACCACCUGUAAUUCAGCGGCCACCGGGCACAGUGCUCCCUGAAAUCAAAACCACCCCUCUGAGCAUGGGAAGCCCCAAGCCAUUACACCAUUACCAAGCUCCUGUACUGGCCAUUGCACAUCAUCCCCUUAUGCAACAGCAACAACAGCAGCCUAUACAGCCUCAGCCUACAGCUCUACAGACUCCACAACCGCCUCAUCCUCAACCCCUGGGUGCCCUCAGACUUCCAAUAACAGAUGAUGGAAGGCCCAAUGAGCAGCGGCGGAGGCCUGGAGGGGCAGGCACCCGGGAAGUCCAUAAUAAACUGGAGAAGAACAGACGAGCACACCUAAAAGAAUGCUUUGAGACACUAAAGAGAAACAUCCCUAAUGUAGAUGACAAAAAGACCUCCAACCUCAGUGUAUUAAGGAGUGCCCUGCGAUAUAUUCAGAGUUUGAAGAGGAAAGAGAAAGAAUAUGAGCAUGAAAUGGAGCGCUUAGCAAGGGAGAAGAUUGCUACACAACAACGGCUGGCAGAUCUGAAGAAUGAGCUCAGCCAGUGGAUGGACAUCAUGGAGAUUGAUCGAAUUGUUCGUCAGACAGUUCAGCCAGAGGACGAUCAGGCCUCUACUUCGACAGCCUCAGAAGGUGAAGAUAACAUUGAUGAAGAUAUGGAUGACGACAGACCAGUAAAUGCACUGUCAAAACGUCAGCAACCUAGUCUUCUGAAGAUGGUACCGUCAAGUGCAGCAGCCCACAGUCAUCAUUCCACUGUUCUGCCUCAACAUGUGUCCAUUCAGCAGAAACAAGCCCCUUCACCCCACCCACAGCCUCAGAUCUCCAACCAAGCACUGGUUCCAACACAGGCCAUGGUUCCAGCACAGACUCAUAUUGUGGCUGCUUCUACGGUGCAGUCAACAGUGAUAGCUCACACGGCCACUACUCAUGCGUCCGUCAUUCAGACUCUCAAUCAUGUCAUACCAGGGCCACAGACCAAGCACAUUGCUCAUAUUGCACCUUCCACGUCAAGCCCUGUACAGCUAACCACUGCUGCUCAGCCAAUCGGCCACAUCACUGUGCACCCAGCAACCAUUAAUCACAUGACCCAUCUGGGCCAGCAAUUACCCAUUUAUCCCCAACCAGUUGCAGUAAGUCAACCCAUGAUGAGCCACAUUGCUCACACCAUCUCUCACCCACAAGUUAAUGGAACCACAAACCUGGGUCAGCCUGCUGUCAUGACAAAGCCAACAGUGGGGGCCCAAGUGGUCCACCACCCCCAGUUAGUUGGGCAAACAGUUCUAAACCCUGUGACUAUGGUAACCAUGCCAUCAUUCCCUGUCAGCACUUUGAAGCUAGCCUAGAUACUCAAAUAAAUAAAGUAAGAAUUAAGUAAAUUAUCUGGCGGGCAACUUCUCCUGAAACUCCAUACAUUCCUACCAAGUCAUGUUCCAAGGAAGAGAAGCGCAGACAUUCUGUAAACAGGGUUUUAUCCCACACUUACUGGCUUUUGGAAAAAGGCUUAUUCCCAAAGCCCUGCCCUUUAACAAACAUUAAAGGGCCAAGUACGCUGGAAUUUUUAUGGUUCUUCAUUGUCUCAGUGGCAGCCAUUCAUGGUGACUUCAUAUUUUUCUCCUUUUUACUCAUAAUCAGUAAAUAUGAAAUGGGACAGUUAUUUCUUUUACCCAACUUAAACUUUUAAUUUUUUGUUAUUUUUUUUUUUAACAUGUUGCUUUGUAGAAUACAAAUUGAUGACCUCUUAAAAGAAAUAAGGCAUGAAGUGGGUAAUGUAUGCAUAGUGUUGUUGAACAUCUUCAUAACCGUAACAGCUGCAGGGAACAUUUACCAAUAAAAAGAAACAUUACCACCAUCCUUGUUGUGGUAGCAUAAGCAAACAGUGGAUGUAAGCAUGAUAACACAGAAACAUUAUUUAUUUGCUGCCACAAAAGCUGCAAAGAAUGUACAGGCUUUUGUGGUAGUAAGUGAAAUGUUGCAGAAAAAAAGUGGUCUGUGAUAUGGUUUGGUGGACCAGUGCAUUAUUCGUUUUAAGAGAAUGUUUUAUGGAAAGGAUGAACAUAUUGGCUCUUAUAAAAAUAAAACUUCUUUCAAUUGGGGAUAGUCAAACUGUGGCCUUCCAGCUGUUGUUUAAAUAAAACUCCGACAUUCUUUUGUGGGGGUGCUGGGAGUUCCAGCUCAGUAAGAGCUGGAGGGCUGAAGGUUGACCAUCUUUAUUUUACUCUGUGAGUAUUAAUUGCUGGAGCAUUUUUAAGAGGGUUUACAUGAAAUCCUUUUGCUCUAGUGGGUUUGGGCACAACUACUACAUGCAUGUUUUUGCCUAGUCUACAUUAUAUAUACAACCAUGAAUCCCCUCCUACAGUUCUGAAAGAUAUUAGAAGUUUCCUUCAAGCCUGGUUUCCUUACUUUGUCAUGGAACAUUAUUGUUAUAUUAAAAUCUUCAUAUGACUUCUUUAGAAAGAACAGUCCCAAACAUGUUUUGACUUUAUAAUACAUAAGUUGGCAGUAUUGCUUACUAUCCUUAAUUAAUUUAGGCCAUCCUAAAAUAUCAUGAUUCUUCCCCACCAGUGCCAGGGGUAUUUAUAGGCUUGGUUUAGGUGCAAAGUCUCAUGUACUGUGCUGCAUGUUUCCUUUAUCCCUCUUUCACCAUUAAAAUAAAAAAAUGAUAUAUAUUUUUUUAAAUAAUGCCUAGUCCUAUUCACACUGAAUAUGUUGUCAGUAUGGAGAAUCUAGAAAGAUCAGUUGUCAGCUAUAACAGGGUACCAGGGCAGGUCUGGGUUUUACAUAGGUCUGAGUGAUGGGUCUUGUACAGUGACAUUCAUGGAAACCCAUCAAUGCUUCUGGCUAGUGCUCCUCGCUUGCAACUGCCCUACUGUCGUAAUGUCAUUUAAAAGCAAGUGCCUGCUAUCAAUCCACUUAUUCCUUGAGCUGUAAGACACAGUUUAAUAUGUUAGGGUGCUGUGUAUUAAAUGGCACAACAGCUGUGAAAGGUUGUGUCAUGGGAUGGCAUCAGCUAGUGUCUAUAUGUUGGGAGGCCUGUGGUUACAAAGAGGAUUUGGAGCCCUUUAUACAAGGUCUUCACAUUAGGAUGAGUAUUACAAUAGAAUUUACAAAGAUAUGGGUAUGUUGUGGCUUAAGUGUUAUGUCUAUUUAUAGUAAAGCGAGGAGUGUUUAAUGUUAAUAAUUUGUGGGGAAAUGUAUAAAAAGGUGCAAAGUUUGCUACAGGUCUAGUCACUUAUAGCAACCAGCCAGCAAGUUGCAUUUACUAGGCACCUGUUGAAAAGCAAGGAUCUUAUUGGUUGCUAUGGGUUACUCCACCUGGGCAAACAUAUGCCUUUUAUUUCAUAUUGGGGUUAUCACUUAUCUCAUGUUCAUUAAAAACCAUCUUAAUGGGAAUUUGGAUCUAGCACCCAUGCCCAUAGAAAAAGGGAUUUUUAUACAUUUUGUGACACUAACUACAAGAUUCCAUCUUGCUUCAUCAUAUGUUACCAUUUGCCCAUGUGGGAACAUAUUUUUGUUAUAGUGGUAGAGUACACUGUUGUGAUUGGUUCAGCAUGGCUGAAAGGCACUGUACUGAGAUAAACAGACAUCUAUUCUCUUUGGAAUCACCAGACUAAAGUCUGUGAAGCCAGCAUAAAAUAUUGACUACAAGCACUGAAAAUUCCUCUUUUAAAGUGGAAGAAUUGUAUCCUAUUUUGACAUUUUUUGAAAAUCAUUAUUUAUUGUUUAUUUUAUCUGAUAACAAAAAAAGUUGAUCUUUUUUUCCUUUCAAUGCCUGAUUAUUUUUAUUCUUUAGAUUUUUUUAAAAAUGCAUUUUUUUUAUUAUUUCCAGCUCCUUAUAUAAUGGUCCCCUGUCCAAAACAUAUACAUUUUUCCACAUCUCCCCCAGGUAAGGAGUUAACUAAAACAAAUACCAAUUUAAGCCAAAAGCAUACCAGUACCUUCAUUAUGAGAUGCUAUUUUCUCUAAUCAAGAAGAGUCAUGGUAUCAUUUAGUUUUAGUUUAUUUCUGGUUUCUCACAACAUAUAGUAACUCAAGUUUGAAAAUUUUGUGUGCUCUAGAGCCAGCUGAAAUAGAUAGUCAUGUCCCUCUAUGAAGUAAAAAUGCCACCAGUGGUUUUCAUUUACAUGUCAUAUUGAUAUGGUUAGGAAUACACCAUAAUUGGGUGGAAUACUACAAAAGAUAUCACCAUUUAUGCACCAAAUUUGCUAACUAAAAUCUGAGCACAACCAAUUAUACUGCAUGAUCUGUGAAUGCAAAACUUUCCCUUUUAAGUUGUCCAGGAGUAAUUGUAUUUUAAUAUGAAAAAUUGAUGGGGCUUGACAUCUCUUCAUUUCAUAUUGUCAGGUCAGGAACCACUUGACAAAAAUAUCCGUCAGUGUCACAUAGUGGUCGGGCAGUGUGCUCAGAUUGUUGAAGAUAAAACUUAGUAAAGGGGAUUAGUGAAUAAGACAGAGCCAUCUGUUCAUUCAUCUACUAAAAAAAUACUAAGGGCAGUUUUCUAAUUUAUGAAUAUUAGGCUCCUGCUUAAUAGCCUUAUUGUAUGUUGUUUUGUAUUUGGUUAGUUUUGUUCCUAAUUACGAUCAGGUUGAGUUGUAGAUGCAUUAUAUCUACCAAAAAAGAAGUAGGAAAAUGACAAAAGAGCAUAACUAUCACUGCGUGACCCAACUAUUCCCUGAUAUCUAACAAAUAAUAUAGUUAAGUCAGUAAGGGAAAACAAACAGUUCCAUAAUUAUGAAAAAUUAUGAAAGUCAUCUCAAUUUGCAACCUAGGACUCUCCAUUAUAAUCCCCUGUGUUAGCGCUGGGCCAUAGUAAUUCAGUACACAAGCUGCUGUGUAUGCAUGUUAAAGUGGGGGGAUGGCAUUGGGCAUGGCAGCCAGGUUAGUACCCAAAUAAUGUUGCAUUAUCCCCCCCCAGGUGCGUCUUAGCUGGAAAUGUCAUUGCUUAGAAUAUCUAAUUUUUUUCUUUGCUUUUGGAGUGUCCACCAUUCAUAUAGCUAAUAAUCAGAGCUUUGCAUCCAUCUGGAAUGAAUCUGUGGGUUAAUGUGUACAUCCUUUCUGUGUCAUUUAACAUCCACUUGACCGGUGUUCAAACUAGUAUGCAAUAAUGCAAUUCACAUUUCAGUUCCACUUGUGUGUUAAUCAUCAAGUCACUUCUUAGCUUCAGAUUAGAAAUUUUACAUUUAACGCCAAAAAAAAAAAAAAUUAGUUUAUUUUUUCAUUGAAAAAACAUAACUAGAUAUUAUCCAUUUACAUAUAUGUGUAUAUACAUAUGUAUGUAAAAUAUAGGCUAUUUAUUUAUAGGUAUAAAUAUAUUUUGUUAAACAUUCCUGUGCAUCAUUGUUACAGAAUACAAUCACUGUGAUUUUGUUCUAAUGAUAUUCAAGAAACAUUACUGUCAAUAAAAUUGGUGGGCGCCAGGGUAAUCACUGCUAUGAAUUUUACCAACGAUUCAGUUUCCACUGUCUGUACAAAAAGAUUAUUGUGCUUACUUUAAAAAGAAAAAAAAAGAAAAAAUAAUGAACACUUUAUUUAUUUAACAAGCUUUCCAUUUAUUUUGACUUUUUUUUAUUUUUGUUUGCUUUCCGCCAUUUCUUAUUGUCACAUUUUAUCAUCUGUUUCUGUCUAAAGUCCAUUAUUAACAGCUGGUUAGAAAUGAAUUAUUAAAGUGAGAUUCUAAGUGG